AUUGACAGACUCCUAUGUGCCCGCGAUGUUUGUGUCUGGCUGCGUGAAUCGAUAAAGAGUGGUCACUACGUCACACACGGGUGCGAUCACAUGAGCACACACACAGUGCAACAAAAGCAUAAGACAUUUCACACACUCAUCAUCCUUUCCCGCCCUGCCGCUCUUAGAGCUCACUGACAGCAGUCGACAGGCACACACCAAACAAACAUGGCUCACGUCAUCCUCGCUCAACAGAGCAGCACACACACGACGGCCACACACACGACGGCAUCGCUUUCUCGCGAUCGAUCUCUACACUGUCAGCUGACUGCCCCUCUGAGAAACACACACACAGGCUCUCCCUCUCCCCUCCCCCCGCCCCCCUAGCCCACACAGCCUCUCUCAAAAGGUCGCCAUCUUGCCUAGCAAUCCCCCCGCCGCCCCAGUCACCACAACAGGGGCCACCAACCGCACCAGCAGCGCCGCCAGGACGACCCCCACCGCCCAGAUGCGCCUUCUCGUGGCGUUGUCCCGCCGCAGCAUCUCACUGUACUUGAUGUCGGCUCGCGUCAGCGAUGUCAUCACAGAGGGGCUGAAGGCGAACGGGAACAGGCGGCUGAGCAGCCGCUUGAUCAGCAGGUCCGCGAAGAGUUUGAGUUUGUAAGCGGCCGGGGUCCAUUCCCUGGCGACGUUUUUGUAGCGAUGUGACAGGACGGCCAGCGCACGACAGUCGGGCUGGCGCUCCUUCGUGAAGCGCGGCAAAGCCUCUCGCCAAUCGUCGUUCGUCGCGUCGAGGAUGGUGCUGAGGAUCUGCACAUCUUCGAGAGAGGAGCUCACACCCUGGCCAAUGUCCUGAUUGCAUCACACACAUCCACACACACACAUCAAUGUGCCCACAUGGAUGUGUUGUCUUAUUACUGCAGGGAAGGAGUGGAUGGCGUCGCCCAUCAGCAGCACCCGGCUGCCGUGAUGGCACGUCGAUGCGUAACGGGGCAGUGAAAACCGGCCAAUCUUGCGCUUUGCAAACAGCUCGGCCUCGGCCAUCGGCACGAUCUCGCGAAGAUUCCUCACAAACGGCAGAUUACCCUCAAGACACCGAAGCACCUCCUCUCCGGUGUUGCAGCCCAGAAUGGGGUGGUCCUUUGUGCAGAGCACCAGCACCACUCGCUCUUGGUUGGCCGGCCCUCCAAAAGAUGUCAGUCGGAAGGGAAGCUUCCGAUUGCGGAGCGCAGAGAGGAGGAUGAUCACAGUGGAGGGCAGAAAGCGGAGCUUCUCGCGAGGGCCCGGCUGACUGGAGGGCUGAUAGUCGACGGUGAGGUCAGAUGGCAGGCAGAGCAUCUUGUAGCGGACGUCGUUGACCCCGGCAAGGCUGCUGAUGUUGGACAGGCAGUGGAUGCGAAAGGUCUUGUCGAGGCGCUUCAUCGACUCGACGACCUUUGAGUUGACGCCGUCACAGCCGAUCACCAGGUCCGCGUCGAUCAUCUUUUCCUUCCCACUGCGAGUGUCGCGGUAGAUGACGCGCACACACUCGCUGCUGGGCUUGUCCACGGUGGCCACUUCAGCCCCGAGGACAACGUGGAUGGCGUCGGAGAGGCCGCUGUCGGAGUGGAUGUGGUCGUAUAGCAUCCUCACGAGGGACUGGCGCUUGAGGGCCGUCACGUUGGAAGGCUUGGUGGCCACCAGAAAGGGAGACCAGUCGGAUGGCUUCAGUGUCGUCACAUUGGACAUGUACUCUGAUGGAUGGAUGGACACAUACAGAGGCAGGCAGGCAGGCAGGCUGGUAGGUAAGUGUGUUGUGCCGCGUGUCUGGCAUGAGUCGCUCAUUCACUGACCAGGUACGCCUUCUCUGUCCAUCCUGUCUACGUCAACGCCAAUCGAGCUGAGGGCAUUCCUCCCUCGAGGGAACACCCCCAACACGUACGUGCGGUCCUUCUCUGCGGACAGCGGCAAGGAAAGAAGGAAAAGAUGAUAGACUCCGAUCUGGUUAUCUGAUCUGGCGUGGACAACGAUCGUGUGUGCCUGCCUCAUCAUCCAGCCUACCUGCCAAAUACUCCGCCUCAUCCAUCCUCUCCAGCACAGUGAUGUCCCUGAUCAACGCAACAAGCGCACACACAGUCCAAGUGUGCAAGUGCGUGCGUGUGUGUGUGGGUAUACCGAUAGCCUCUUCUCGCGAGCAUGAUGGCCGUUGCAAGGCCUGUUGGUCCGCCACCGGAGAUCACUAUCCGCUCAGGGUGUGGACGAGAGGGAAUGAGUUGCUGCUGCUGCUGCUGCUGCUGAGUGGCCGUGAAGGCAGCUGGUGCCUGAUGAGUUCGCGUCAGCCAUGGACGCGCAGAGUGUGACCGAUGCAGCCGAAAGCCACAUGCACAGUAAGACAGCACGAGGAAGAACGAGAGAUGACAGAUGAGAUCAUUGCAUGCCAUGCCGUUUGAAGCAAUAGGGAAGACCGUGCCGCGUCCUCCUGAAGACAGAUCUCUUAAACUCCUGAAGGCAGAUUUCAG